GAGAGAAUGUAGUCAACUCUGUUUUAAGGCUUGGUUUUGGUUUAACCGGUUCUGCGUCAAACAAAGUGUGAAGGUACUUGUGAUCUGCGUCUUGUCUCUCUUCUUUGCUCUCUCACUCUCUCACUCCAAGACGUUGAAGCGUGAUGUGAAAGCUUUGAAUGAAAUCAAAGCUUCUUUAGGAUGGAGAGUGGUGUAUGUAUUCAUGGGUUGGUGAUGAUCCUUGAGGAGAUGGAGAUCUCCCACCUUGGUCUGGUGUCACAAGGAGACUAUAGGGUUGUCACAGAACUCUUUCAGAGAUGUUGGUAACAACCAUUUGGUGGGAACCAUAAGGGAGCUCAUCCGUUUUGAUGGUAGUUUCCCAUCUCUUCGUAACUGUACUUGAAUAACAACUAUUUGAGCGGAGGAAUCCCUGCUCAGCUAUCAAAUCUUACAAACUUAGAGACUGUGUACCUGUCUUACAACAAGUUCAUUGGAAACAUUCCUUUUGCGCCAUUGCUCACAUUCCUAAGCUGACAUUCCCUGUAAGUUUUUUUGUUUUGUCUGUCUUAGAUUUGCUUACUAAAUGUGCAUUCUAGUGGGAGAAUCCCAGACGCAUUGUACAAGCAUCCUUUCCUCAAAGAAAUGUACGUUCAAGACAACAUGGAGAACAAGGCGUGAACCCCAUUGGUACACAGAAAGUCUGACAGAGUAGAAGAUUCUAGAGAAAACGUCUCAGAACUACCUAGAGAUGGUUCCCCACUUCAGAUGUCUGAAGAAGGUUCUGUGGAAACGGUACAUGUAAAGGACGUGGGACCUGUGGAAGAUGUUGUUAUAUCUGAGGCACCCAAGGGUCAAGAAGAGUGUGUAUCAGAGACUAAUGAAGUGCCUGUGCCUAAGCCACCAAGUGUGAACUCAACUAGAGCUGCUGGUACACGAGCAGGUAAACCGCAGGUUAAGUCCCGUUAUCGCGGUGAUCAUCAUGUGAGCUCAAUUCAUGAUCACUGCAAACAUGGGACACAUGGCAAGAGGUGUGAUCAACAUGAUGAUGCGGUGAAACCAUGGAAGGUAGUGAGGAGAAAGAGUGUUGAAGCCUCAGUGACGGUUAAAGUUGAGAUUCCAGGUUUGAGAAAGAAGUCUUUGGCAAGUGUGACUAAACCGGAAAGCUCUGUGGCUGUAAAGAGAGAUGGUGAGAUGGCGAGAUCUGUUGAAGCUAAGAAGAACAAAGGAACCAUAAGUACUCUAACUGGUUCAGCUGUAGUUCAAAAGGUUCCUGGCUUGGCAAAUGAGAAGUCAAGUUUUGCUAUGAAGAAGGUUUCUGCUCCAAAGAAUAAGGAGAAGAGAAAGACUCAGGCAAUUAGUGGUGAAGAUGUAAAAGAGAAGACAGUGUGUGUUGUUGAAGCUAGCGUCAAAGGUGUUCAGAGUGAGAAGCAAGCAUCAUCUGAGAAGAAAAGUGGUGAUGCAGAGCUUGAAGCAGAUCAAACCCCUGAGAAGAAGAUUAGGCCUAAGAGGAUGAUGUCAGGUGCAAAGGUGAAUCUAGCUAAGCAGAUGAGUUUCAAGAAAGGGAAGACUCUUGAAUCAAGACCUGAGGACGCUUCUCCUAAAUGGAUCAAGUUCAGAAAGAAGGUUGUUCAGGAACUGAAACCCCAAACCGAAGGGAGGAAGAAGAAGAAUCUGAAAGGUAUUGAGACAAGAAGUGGUUCUUGUGAAGGAAGCAAACAUGAGAAGGUUGUUCUGAGGCAUCAAAAGGUAGAAGGGAAGAAGAAAAUGAUGACACUAUUCAACAAUGUGAUUGAGGAGACAAUGAGUAAGUUGACAAAGGUGAGGAAGACCAAAGUAAAAGCUCUUAUUGGUGCUUUUGAAACUGUGAUCUCUCUUCAGGACACUAAGACACCUCAGAAAGUUCAGAGCAAGGCCACAACACUUUAAGGUUUAGUCCUUUGGGUGGCCAGCAGUGAGACAACAGAAACUUAUUUGUGUGCUGCAUAUGAUCGAUAUAACAUGCAAUAUUUCAAACUUUGAGAACUUAUUUUGAGAGGAAGAGAGCUAUAGAUAUAACUGUCUUGUUACUGUCCUCGAGAGAGCAAAAGGAUUUAUGACCUUGACAAUAUAACUGAAGAUGAAGUAAAGAUUUCAAGUUUUAUCUAUUUUCCACAAUUAAAGAAAAAGAACAGUUUAUUAUUUUUUA